AACAAUUCGAUGCUCAUGGACACAGGAUGGGGAAGCACAACACUGCUCGCUCUCUAAUCCCGACCUCUAUGGUCGUGCACUCGGAUGUGCUUACGCCAUUUGCCGCCUUUUGGUCCUCAGAGCUAACUGUCAUGCUCCUCCGACGGACGCUGCUGUGGGCUGGCGCAUCUACAGUAGCCCUGGUUAAUAGAGUACACGCGCUGACAAAGGGCCAUGACUUGUCUUCGGCCCCGCGCAUGGAGACAGAACAGGGCGCGAUCUGGUACAACACCGCAGGCAAGGAAAUGGCGAUCGAAGACAUUCUCGGCGAAGGAGGAAUGGACAGCGUCCGGUUACGCCUUUGGACCGGAGAAGAGUACGGCUUGAACUACACUCUGUCACUCGCGCAACGGUAUUCCAAAAAGGGCUACAAGAUUUUCCUCGACUUGCAUUUCUCGGACACGUGGGCACAGCCAAGCGACCAGCACACUCCUUCAGCUUGGGAUAAUUCAUCGGUGGAAACACUAGCAACGGCAUGCCGCGAUCACGUCAGUUCGACUCUGAAGGCGUUCACGGAUGGUGGAGUUGAGCUCGACAUUUUAUCGAUCGGUAACGAAAUCACGGACGGAUUCCUGUAUCCGACGGGCAAGAUCAGUAACGACGACUUUGGUCCUUUCGCUAAGCUCUGGAAAGCAGCACGCCAGGGCGUGGCGGAUGCAGUAUCGGCAGGAACGAAACAACCGAAAGUCAUGAUUCACUUGGACAACGGAUGGAAAUCCGAGACUGUGUCGUGGUUUUUCAAAGGUCUAUUCGCGGAAGGAACAGUGACUACAGACGAUGUGGAUGCGUUUGGAUUUUCGUUUUACCCGUACUAUAACGUGAACGCAACACUCGACGCACUGGCCUCGUCACUGACUCAAAUGGCAAACACGUACAAUAAACCGAUCUACGUAGCGGAGACCGACUGGCCCACAAAUUGCACCACAGUCACACUUAGCGAGGAAUAUCCGGUUAGUGCACGUGGCCAACGCGAGUGUGUGAUGGCUGUUAUGGACGUGCUGGAAGGCCUGCCGAACGGACUAGGUGCUGGUAUUUUCUACUGGGAACCAGGAUAUAUCUCGGUGCCUGGACUUGGGAGUGCCUGUGGAUCGAAUCUGCUAUUCAGUGUAAACUGGGAUAAUUGGCCCGACACGUACGCCAAGGCUCUCUCAUCGAUCUACAUGUUUGCCGGUGGAGGGAAUACGUCUACUCCUAUUGCUGCUUCAACCACCACCACUGCUUCGCUGCAAACACAAAUUAACUUCUCGCAGCUGGACCAAAGUAGCAGGUCUAAACAGUCAGAUGAGAGCUCGACGCAACAAACCGACGGUGGCUCUGUGCAACAACAGUGACGAUUUCCCAUGAAAAGAGAGUAAAUGUUGUGAGUAUACAGUCCUGCUGUCAGCAGCUCCAUCCGAAACCUUCCGAGGAUGCGUCUAACAAAUUCCCUUCUGCUUCAUGGCUUUGGAACCGGGUUUACUACAAAAAUGUCGAUUCUAGUCGUUCAGGAGAUUAGCUAUUUUCACCAGGCCCCCAAGCCGACACAACAUGUGCCGCGUCGGCAUCUACGCGAAUGUCUCGUCCGCAAUCGCUGAUAACUGCAUGUUUUGGAGUUGUUCCAUGAAUUCGUACCGAUAUGUGUGACACGAGUUUGCCUAGCACGUUUUAGAGUAUUCGUCCAAUUGGGUCACCAAGAUGUGACAUUCGGUGCAU